AUAAUCACUUAGAUUAAUAUUCUGCUUAAUUUAGUUUUAAACGGAAGAGAAAAAACGAAUUGACGUGUCGUAGAAGAACUUCAUUCGCAAAUGUCUCAAUUGCAUGCAUGGAAAUAUCGUCUUCGGACACUUGUCGUACACGUAGACCUUAUACUUUUCUCCUCCAAAGCUGGACCCUAGUUCCUCUUUACUCAGAAUCGUAUAAAAAUUCUAUUACUAAAUGCAUUUCUUUGGCACAAAAGAUAUACCGCUAGCUAUUGUUGCUGGUAUAUCCGCCGUGCCUCUGAUGAUUCUCACCGGUUUAGCACUUGCCGGUACGGCCGUGGUGUUAAUGGUUAUGACCCCGGUUUUUUUAGUUCUUAGCCCGAUUCUCGUAACGGCGGUUAUCACUUCGAGUUUCUUGGUGACGGGGUUCUUAGCUUCUGGUAGGCUUGGAGCAUCAGCGAUCGCCCUCUUCGUCUGGCUCUACAAGGAAUUAAUUAAGAAAGAAGAGUACUCUAGAUCUAUUAUGCAUGCGCGAGUUCGACCUAACGAGGAUAAUAUUGCGAAGCUCUCGAGAGGAGAUAAACCUCCGGAUGAAGAAAGACCGCCGGAAAUAAAUAAGACGGCCGAGGAAAUUAAUUCGACCGAAAGAGACAAGGCCGAGGAAUACAAGCCGUCAGAGAUACACAAAUUGUCGCAGAGAGAUCAUAAUCCAGCGGAGGAAGAUAAAUCACUGGGAGUCAAGCAUGCGGAAGAAGGGCCAUUAAUCUCCGAGAUAUCAAAGAUUUUACUGAUGGGGCAAAAUUCAAUUGGCUCCAAGCGAAGCGGUCCAGGUAUUUUGAAAAGAUCUCAUCAACUUGGAUUUGCCAUGGAUCCUGGUAAGAAGGAAAAAGUUCAAAGGACAAGAGUUUGAUGGUUCAUGAGGAGCUACCGACGGAUCCAUAAGUAUCUCAUGGUCGUCAAGAAUGAUCAAUCUUUUUUUUCUCAAGAACUGGAAACUCAAAGAUCAAAUGCUUAGUUUAUGUUAAAGAACUUCAGUGAGAUUUUAGAAAACCAUGAAUGAACGGUCCUCACGCGAGAGAAAUCUUUCCUUCUUUCUUGCUACAGUUUGAGUGUGAGAAAAAGAGCUCCUGCGGCGCUUUGGCGACGAUAAUAAGCGACGCGUGUUUGUAUUUAAAAAUUAAAAAAAAACAGCAGAAAGCGAUGCUGCUUCUUAUUUAGGGCUCCAAAUUUGCAAUAUUUUUUGUAUUGAAAAAUAAACAACCAUAAAAUUCGGAUGUUGUUUGGAAA